AUGGAACAGCACUCGGAUGAGCUCAAAGGCCACGUCGAGUCGCUUGAUGCUCGUUUCUCAAAGCUCGAGUCUUUCCUCUUCACGCACCUUCCCCACACCCCCGCUCAACAGCCGCAACCUCAGGAGUACAGCUCCGCUCCAUCUGCGGUGCUGCUUUCCCCGAGCUCUAGUCGUCCUCCAGAUCCACCCGAUCGACCGGGAUAUGAUCAGAUCCGUGCUGAGCGCGGACCCAUCGAUGCUUCUCGCCCACAUCAGCUCCCACAGAGUCUAUCCUCCCGCCUGACAAAAGUUGGAUUCCCUAUGUUCAACGGUUCUAAGCUGCGAGAGUGGAUCUACCGCUGUGACCAGUUUUUCGGACUGGAUAACACUCCUAUGGAGCACCGCGUCCCCCUAGCCUCGAUGCAUCUCGAAGACGAGGCCCUCGAGUGGCAUCACAACUUCAUCGCCGAGCGCGGAAUCGUCAACGACCCUCUCUCAGAGCUCGUCUCCUUGAAGCAGGGCAGUGAUUCCGUCGAAUUGUACCUAAAGAAAUUCGAGAGUGUUCGGACUCGCGUUACUCUCACAGCUGCCCACGCCCUGAGUAUAUUUCUUACGAAUAUGCAGUCCCAUCUCUCAUUACAUGUUCGACAGUUUGCGGUUACUUCUAUCUCGGCGGCGGCAAGAAUCGCAAAGCUUCAUGAGGCCGCUCUUGCUCAAACGCCUCAACGAAGUCUCCGAGCUCCCUUCAAUCCACUAGCAACUCAGAAGUACUCGGGUAACCCAACCCCCAGAGACUUCCCUUGCCAAAUGCUUCACGCCCAUCUAAACCGAGCUAUAUCCCACGCUCUCCUGCGGAUAAGCUCCCUCGGAAGUUUAUUUAUCAGGAGAUGCAGGACCGACGAGCGUAGGGCCUCUGUAUGUUUUGCGACGAAGCCUUUACCCCAGGUCAUCAACUGA